CACUAUUUUGGACCAUGAUCCACGCUCAGCUGGAGAUUAUGGUCAGGGAUUCCAGGCCCAAGGAUGAUUGACGGUGACCAGGUUAUUUUGGAUCUCUUUUCUUUUGGGUCAUCUAUCUUGUAUACAUCUUGUAUUUUUUUGUUAUUCUACCGCUCCCUCCUCCGCAUUGUGUCGCAAAGUCCACACCUGAACGUGUUUCUUUCCUCUGAGUCAAUCUCUCUUUGGAAAUAAAAAUAAUACGCGGUCCUGUGUACAAGGUAAUCUCUCAUCAGAUCCGUCACAGCCAUGGCGACCUCCUCAUCCCAUUCCGACAACACCAAAAUAACAGACCAACAAAACCCGGAAGAAAAGGCCAAUGAUGAACUGUCUCAACAUUACCGCUCGCAGUCGAGGUCGGCGUCGAUCAAAAUCACAAAACGUACCGACCUUUCAGUCUUGUACAGGGUCGUCCGGACCCUCAUCAGACCCAUCCGGCCCAGACUGGUCAAGAUAGGCAACGACAUGCCGGCCGGGAGUCAACGGUUGUCGGCGCCGAAACGGAGAGGGUGUGAGGCGAUUGAGAGUCAGAGGGAGGGAGUGUGGGAGUAUACAUUUCGACACGUAGAAGCUUCUCAGAUCCAAGCACGGUCGCAGUCACAAUCGAACUCACGAUCGCGGUCACACUUGGAUAAGGACAACGUCAUCAACAUUGACCACGAGAAAGCCAUUCGGACGACCGACUCAUCAAGCACAUCCCCCAACGCGACAUCAUCAUCUCGAAAAAAACAAAAACAUCGAAUCUAUUACUUCAGCGGAGGAGGGUUCCAAUCGCCCCCGAGCGGUGGUCACUGGUUGUUUCUGGGUAAAUUGGCCAAAGAUUUACAAAUGUCCUCGAGUGAAACCGACGCCACGGAAUUCGAAGUGACACUGGUGGCUCAACCUUUGGCACCGGCCAGUCCGGCGCCAGACGCUCUGCCGGUGUUGAGGAGGUGGGUGACUUCGGUCCUUGACGAUGCCGCUCGACAAUCCGACACAGACAGCACAGUCACGGUGACACUUGCCGGAGACAGCUCAGGAGGAAACGUGGCGUUGAGUUUAGGAAUGUGGGCCGUACAAGAACUUCCAGACCUCGCGAGGAACGCCUUGUCUUCGAUUCUUGUCAUUUCUCCUGCCGUCGAUUUGAGGAACGUCAAUGAAGAGAUCAAAGUGGCCGACAAGUAUGACCCGAUCUUGACGAUCGGGUUGACGGGUGACGUCGCGUGUGCUUGGGUUGGAAGUGUCGAGUCGAAAAGGAGGCCCAAAACAAACAGGACGAUGACAAACACAAACAGAAACACAAAGACGGAGAUGGACAAGGACACCGACACAGAAACGGAGGCGAAAAAGGGUGUCGGUAUGAGGGAAAUGAGUACGAGUGACCCGUCAGUCUCACCGUUAUUGCAUUCAGACCCGACAUUUGAAAAACUCAGAGACAAUCAAGUCUGUGUGCACGGCGUGGUGGGGACUCACGACGUCUUGGCCCCCGACGCGCUCGAAAUGAUGAGAAAGUGCGACAGGUUCGGCGUCCCCGGGGAAUGGCUGGUGUGGGAGGGUCAGAUGCACUGUUUCCCCCUCGCGGGGGUGGGUGACAUCUUGGGCCUGAGGGAGGGCAAGGAGGCGAGGAUGUGGAUCGAGGACGUGUUGAAGAGGAACGUGGUUCGGUCCCGAGAGUCGACAUGUGUCGUUUGACAACGCAAAAGACGUGGGUCGCAAAGAGGAGGAAUAUCUCGUACAAGUAGAAGCCGCGAAAGCAAUAUACCCGGGACGGCGAAGUGUAAGAGUAUGGGUUAUGGAUAUGGAUAUAUAUGGGUACGUUGAUAUAUGGGAGGGUUCAAUCGAUCGACAUUCUCGGGCUUUUUGGUAUUCGUACAAUUCUUCUCAUGGUAAUCACGAAUUUAAUCAAUCACUUUAUAGACUUUGGCUCAUCGAGAAUACCAUUCUCUCCCA